AUGCUCCACGAGUUUCAGAUUCUACAGCGUCUCUUCAUCUACUCAUUUUUGGCUGCGAUUUUCACGCUGGGCUGGCUUCUCAAAGUUCUCCCAUUUUUUAAAUCAGUAAUCAGCAUAGCGAUGUGCAAAAUGACUCCCGAUACUUCCUUGCCGACCGACGUUUACUGGGAUUCACUGUUUACCUGGAAAAUGUUUCAGAACGUGUACCACUGCCUACUGGCUGACAUCAACAAAAGGGUAAAACCAAACGGCAAGGCCUACAAUUCACCGGUGGUGUCCAUACAUGGAAACCGCUACCACAGACUUUUGGACUUUGCCAAGGGAAGUCGGCCGUUGGUCCUGAACUUUGGGAGCUCCACGUGUCCCGUAUUUAUGGAAAUGCUGAAGAGAUACCGUCAAUUAAAAGACCAGUUCUCUGAUAUCGCCGAUUUUGCAGUGGUGUACAUUGAAGAAGCACAUCCUGUAGAUGGAUGGGCAUUCAAGGUAACUUGUCUCUUUUUGGGAGGCUUUCCGGUUUUUAUUAUUUCGCGUUAAAAGUAAUUUGAAUAAUCUGUUGACCUCCGGUUUAUGUUGUUGGACCUUGCUGCUAAUUUCACUGACGAGUGGCAUCUAUGUAACUUGGAAAAAUGCCACUUUUCCAAAACAAAAUCUCAACCUCCUACUGUCAAGAAGAAAAUCACAUGCCAAAUUUCCUCAUGCCGGCCAUACUUUUUAUUUGAAGCAUUUUUAAAAAUUAGCCUUUAGUCUCUCAGGCCGACUUUGCAGAAUUUUCUAGUUCAGACAUAAAAAAACGAAGUUUAUUUCUUUUCCAAAGUUACUUUGACCCUUGUGGUUUAUAGUGUACACUAUAUGCACUAGCCAGCGAGAACGUCUUAGAAAGAUGACGUAAAUCGUCUUGUUCUUUCUUUCUGCAACAAUGUUGGCACUUAACUGUUUCCUCCCCGCCUUUAAAAGGGGACGAAAAUAGAUUAGGUAAACAUUAUGAUUUUCCUUUUUUGACAGUUUUAGCGCAAAACUAUACGGUUAACUGUCUACGUUUUUUUCCCUGCGAAGCGUAUUGCCCACCGGCCCACGACACACCGGCAACAUCUAGCCUGGAACCCAAGGUCAUUGAGUGGUUGUUCAUUUUCCAUUGAAUAAACCUUAUUUAAAUCAAUUAACCACAGUCGUAAAAGAAAAGCUCAUUUUACUUGCAAUUUCCUUUAAGGGAACCAACGAAAUCCCAAUGCACCGUACACAGGAGGAAAGAUGCAGGGCAGCUAAGAAGAUGGCAAAGUCGGUGGACCUUUCUGGAUUUUACGUUGCGGUGGAUACCAUGUUGAAUUGCGCAAACAUUGCUUAUGGCGCUGUUCCUAUUCGCCUUUACGUUGUGCAAAAUAAAACUGUCGCUUACGCCGGUGGUGCUGGGCCCAUGAAAUACAAAAUGCGCGAGGUGAUGUUAUGGCUACAGGAUUACCGAGUGAAUACGAUGUUAUCGCAAAGUCCUUGAGACGCAGUCGGUUCAUUACCGUAAUAAGGGAUCAUUCAGUAAGCCAAAGACAUCUCUCCUGCUCGCAUACAAAGCAUAGCUUCGUCAGUAUGCUACAGGGUAGAUAGGCUGGAGAUACAGGCAAGAAAGAGGAAGACCGUUCAAAGAAACUUUCACC